GUCUACCGUCCGGCUUUUCGAACAAGUGGAACGUCCAACAACGUAGUUCCGGCAACCUCGUACACUACGACGCAGCAAACGGAUCGGCUGACCGUGCUGCUAGGAUCUCGUGCUCAGGCUGAUCGAUUCAUUACGUCCAGCUCUUUUAUGUCCCGUGGGCACUUGGCUCCGGAUGCCGAUGGGAUUUUCCGGUCCUCGCAGUGGGCUACCUAUUUCUACGUCAAUGUGGCUCCUCAAUGGCAGGUGGUCAAUGCAGGAAAUUGGUUGGACAUCGAGAACGCUGCUCGCAAUAUAGCGGGUCGGCUACAAGAAGACGUCCUUAUAUUCGACGGAAUUCAUGACGUUAUGACGUUACCUCACGUCAACGGUCAGCAGGUGCCUAUAACUUUGGAAGACGGAGGCAUCCCAGCUCCCAAGUGGUAUUGGAAGAUCAUCAAAUCGCCGAAAUUGAAUGCAGGUAUUGCUCUGAUCACGAAUAAUGACCCUUUUCGAACUAGCAUGCCUACCGCCGAGAUGUUGUGUCCGGAUGUUUGUGCAAGCUACGGAUGGGCAAAUGUUAACUUUGCCAACAUUGGCCAAGGAUAUUCCUAUUGCUGUACGGUUCCGGAUUUAAUGAAAGCCGUAGCUACAGUUCCGAGUGAAGCAGCGGUGGGUCGAGUGUUUGGCAAAUGUGUCACACGAUGCAUUUGCAAGUGCUUUCUCGAAAUGCAUCCGUUGAUAGUGGGAGGUGUUUUGCUGGUGACCAUCCAGGUUGUGAGCUCGCAAUGCCAAGUUCACAUUCAAGACCAGUUGGGUUCUCUGGAGCCGUUGUUCAUAAGAGAUGGUCAGCUGUGGGCUCCUAAUGGGCCUAAGCUGGCAUGGGCUGCAGGUGAAAUAACUACAGUUGCCUGCUCCAAGACCACCCUCACUGCAACCAAUAGCAAUACUGCAAAUUUGGGUUGUGUAUCCGGGCAAAACUUUUUGGUGAAUGGUAUACCGAUCAGUUCUACGGAUCUCCAAUGCUCCGGUCGAAUAACCGGAGACCUGCAAGAAACUGGCAAGAGCUGCGGAGUUGGAGGAUCUUUAUUGAACAUCGGUUUCGAUGUUCAAGAUGUCGGUUUUAUUACUUAUAUUGAGUCCUGUUACGACAAAGCGCUGGCUUCGGUUAUCUACACUAAACACGUCAUUCCUGGGGCAGCUAUCGAUCACGCCAUCAAGGAAUCCUACCGACCAAGCUUUAAAGUAACCGGUACAGCAGGUCACGUAAACCCAGCAACUUCGUACACCCAGGAAGCCCAGAUAGCUCGAGUCGCGGAACUGCUCGGAUCGGAGGAACAGGCCAGAAAAUUCAUUUCCGGUGGUUCGUACUACAUGGCACGUGGUCAUCUGGCACCGGACGCCGAUGGAAUCUACCGACCUUGGCAGUGGGCUACGUUCUUCUACGUCAAUGUGGCUCCCCAGUGGCAAAUUAUGAAUGCUGGCAAUUGGUUGGUUGUGGAGAAUACGGCUCGUGCCAAAGCUGGUCAACUCAAGCAAGACGUCGUUGUUUAUGACGGAAUACAUGGAGUGAUGAGCUUGCCGCAUGUCAAUGGAACUAUGAUUCCCAUUACGCUUGAAGCGGGAGGAAUUCCUGCUCCCAAGUGGUACUGGAAAAUCCUCUACGUACCUAGCACGAAAUCGGGGGUUGCGUUCGUAUCAAAUAAUGAUCCAUUCCGGAAGAAAAUCUCUGCCGAUGAGCUCUUGUGUGAAGAUGUGUGUGAUAAAUAUGGAUGGAGCGAUAAGAGGUUUGCCAGUUUCGAGAAGGGUUACACUUAUUGCUGUACCGUUAACAGUUUGAGAGAUGCGAUUGACCAUAUUCCGAAAGAUUUCGUUGUUGACAGUGUGCUGACUAAAUCAACUCGUAAAAGAAAUAAAGCGUUGGUAAUUCAUUAAGAAA